CGCACAACGAUCCCAUUCUUGUCCUGCAGGCAGCAUUCCGGGUGAAGAGUGAGAGAAGACAGGAGAGAUUUGAGGCCGUAGAUAAAUUUUUACAUUAAGAAAUACGAGCUGUGCGCCCAAACCAGCAGCGACCUCUAAGCAGGAUAUGGGCACAUCCCGGGACAAAACAUGGAGCUCUAAGCUAGCCCUCUUUAUAGAUCUGCAUUUGCUCCCCAAAACCACCUCUUUUACGGCUGCUAUAGCAAUUUGACUCACCCACUUUAAGAGAGGCAAACAGGGGAAAAACAGAAAAGGGAGGGAGUCCUAAACCUCCCCCAGCUGCUGUCCAGACACACGCACAUGCUUCAUUGCUACCGUUCCCCAAGGCCUUCUCCAUCCGUCCCUACGGCACAGCCACUAGCUGUCUAGUGAGCUAGCACUUGGCUCAAAAAGACCUGUCCUCAGGGGUAAAAAUACAAGCAGACUGUGUUCACUCACUGCUUCUCUCUUUGGGGUCAACCAGCCACAUACUCACUAAGUGGGGCUUCUUUUGUAUAGCUCUUGUUUCCACUGCUUUGAGCAGUGACAGAUUGCUAAUAGGCAGUCAGUCAUUCACCUGGGCAGGCUGAGGAAGGAGUUUAUCACAGACCAGGAUGAUGGAGCCCAACAUGGAGAACUGCCUGGCUCAGGUUCUGCAGAAGGAUGUAGGCCGACGGCUCCAGGUGGGCCAAGAGAUCAUUGAUUACAUUUUGGACAAGGAGAAGUCUCACGACUUGGAACAGGAUCAGACUGCACUGGACAAGAUGGUCGAUGGCAUCGCCAGCUCCUGGGUGAACUCCAGCAACUUUAAGGUGGCUCUUCUUGGCCUGGACCUUUUAUCUGCCUUAUUAACAAGGUUACAGGACAGGUUCCGGGCCCAGGUGGGAACAGUUCUGCCAAGCCUUAUAGAUCGUCUAGGAGAUGCCAAAGACCAAGUGCGAGACCAAGACCAAACAGUGCUGCUAAAGAUCAUGGAACAAGCGGCCACCCCACAGUAUGUAUGGGACAGGAUGCUAGGAGGCUUCAAACACAAGAACAACAGGACCAGAGAAGGAGUUUGCCUUUGUCUCAUCGCCACACUGAACAUGUAUGGAGCUCAAGGUCUGACUCUUAGUAAAAUUGUUCCCCACAUAUGCAACCUUCUCGGGGACCCCACAAGCCAGGUACGUGAUGGAGCUAUGAGCUGCCUGGUGGAAAUCUACAGGCACGUGGGUGAGCGCGUGAGAAUGGACCUCAGCAAAAAGGGCCUUCCACAGUCACGGUUGAAUGUAAUCUUCAGCAAAUUUGAUGAAGUCCAAAGAUCUGGCAACAUGAUCUCAUCCUCCGGCUCAGAUAAGAACUUUGAGGAUGAAGAUUCAGUGGAUGGAGGCCGGUCCUCCUCAUCCUCGUCCUCCAAGGCACCUCCUAGUGGCAGAAGGGCCAUAAUGGGUUCUGUCAGAAGACCCAGCUCAGCUAGUGCAGCUAAGGCUCCAGGUAAGGAAGCAGGAGCAGGUGCUGUUGAUGAAGAGGAUUUUAUAAAAGCCUUUGAAGACGUGCCCUCAGUGCAGAUCUACUCAAACAGAGAGCUAGAGGAUCAGCUGACCAAAAUCCGAGAGGUGCUGUCUGAUGACAAGCAUGAUUGGGAGCACCGAGUGGUAGCGUUGAAAAGGGUCCGUUCGCUUAUGUUGGCUGGAGCUAUAGAUUAUGAGGGAUUCCCUCAGCAGCUUCGUCUCCUAGAGGCUCCCUUUAAACUUUCAGCAAAAGACCUGCGCUCCCAGGUGGUCCGUGAGGCCUGCAUCACGCUAGGACAUUUGUCGUCAUUGCUGGGUAACAAGUUCGACCAUGGAGCGGAGAGCGUCAUGCCCACCCUGCUGAACCUUGUGCCAAACAGUGCCAAAGUCAUGGCCACAUCUGGCGUGGCUGCCAUUCGCCUUAUCCUCCGACACACGCACUACCCACGUCUCAUUCCCAUCAUCACCAGUAACUGCACCUCCAAGUCAGUAGCCGUCAGAAGACGCUGUUAUGAGUUUUUAGACCUCAUGUUGCAGGAGUGGCACACUAAUACUCUGGAACGACAUGUGGCUGUUCUGACUGAGACCAUCAAGAAAGGCAUACAUGAUGCUGACUCUGAGGCCAGAUCUAUUGCAAGAAAGUGCUAUUGGGGAUUCCAUGGUCACUACAAUCGAGAGGCAGAGCAUCUGUUCCAGGCACUGGAGUUCACCUAUCAGAAGGCCCUGCAGUCUCAUCUAAAGAGCUCUGACAGCAUUGUAUCUCUACCCCAGUCUGACCGCUCCUCAUCAUCUUCCCAGGAGAGUCUAAACCGUCCCCUGUCUGUGAAGAGUGUGAUUGGAGGGAGCAUCCCACGGAGUAAGCUGGUGAGCACAAGGGUGCCUACAACACCAGGUUCUCUUCAGCGUUCUCGUAGCGACAUUGAUGUAAACGCCGCCUCCAGCGCUAAGCUACGUCUGUCUACCGUUCCUGCCUCAUCACCAUUCAGCUCUGCAGCUGCUCUUCCCCCAGGUUCCUACGCCUCCUUAGAUGGCACUCCCGGUAAAAGUGAUGGUCGUGUUCGCACAAGGAGACAAAGCUCCGGCAGUGUGGGUGGAGCCAGUACCUCAGUGGUGGACAGUAGGGGUCGGAGCCGAGCCAAAGUGGUCUCCCAGUCCCAACCCGGCAGCCGUUCGAGCUCCCCAGGCAAACUGCUUGGCCACAGCAGCUAUGGCAGGAUCCCUCGAGCCACGGCUUCAGCCUCCACCACGCCAGCUGAGAAGCGCAGCAGAAUCCCACGCAGUCAGGGCUGCAGCCGAGAAACCAGCCCCAACCGUCUGGGCCUCGCCCGGAGCCGCAUUCCCCGUCCCAGCAUGAGUCAGGGUUGCAGUCGCGACACCAGUCGCGAGAGCAGCCGUGACACAAGCCCUGCUCGGGGCUUCGCUCCUCUGGCUUCCCGACGUCACUCCCGUUCCACCAGUGCUCUCUCCACAGCUGAUCCCCACGGCCAGUCAGAUCGAUAUGGUUUGAUUCACCAAGCGAGAAUCUCUGCAUCAGUCAAUGCCAUGAGGGUCCUUAACACUGGUACGGAAGUGGAAGCAGCAGUUGCUGAUGCCCUGCUAUUAGGAGACUCCAGGAACAAGAGAAAGCCUUUGCGACGGCGAUAUGAAUCACCAGGGAUGUACUCUGAUGAUGAUGCCAACAGCGACGCUUCCAGCGCCUGCUCAGAACGCUCAUACAGCUCACGGAAUGGUGGCAUCCCACAUUACCUGCGCCAGACGGAGGAUGUGGCAGAGGUCCUGAACCACUGUGCCAGUUCCAACUGGUCAGAGAGGAAGGAAGGUUUGCUGGGCCUGCAGAAUCUCCUCAAGAGCCAGAGGAUUCUGAGCCGAGUGGAGCUCAAGAGACUCUGUGAGAUCUUCACGAGAAUGUUUGCAGAUCCACACAGCAAGGUGUUUAGCAUGUUCUUGGAGACUCUGGUGGACUUCAUCACAGUACACAGGGAGGACCUGCAGGAUUGGCUUUUUGUCUUGCUUACACAGCUGCUCAAGAAGAUGGGGGCAGACCUGCUGGGCUCGGUCCAGGCUAAAGUUCAGAAGGCGCUAGACGUCACAAGGGAGUCCUUCCCAUUUGACCAACAGUUCAACAUUCUGAUGAGGUUCAUCGUUGAUCAGACUCAGACUCCAAACCUUAAGGUGAAGGUGGCCAUUCUAAAGUACAUUGAGUCCCUGGCACGACAGAUGGACCCAACAGACUUUGUCAACUCCAGUGAGACACGCUUGGCUGUGUCUCGCAUCAUCACCUGGACGACGGAACCCAAAAGCUCUGAUGUCAGAAAGGCGGCCCAGGUGGUGCUAAUUGCUCUGUUUGAGCUCAACACCCCAGAGUUCACCAUGCUUCUGGGAGCUCUACCCAAAACCUUCCAAGACGGAGCCACCAAGCUGCUGCACAACCACUUGAAGAACUCGAGCAACACCAGCAGCAGUGUGGGGUCUCCAAGCAACACCACUGGUCGGACACCAACACGCCAGACACCCAGCAGAACCAGUCCCCUGACAUCUCCUACUAACUGUUCCCAUGGAGGACUCUCACCAAGCAUGAUGGAGUAUGACACAGAGAACAUGAAUUCAGAGGAGAUCUAUAGCUCGCUCCGUGGCGUCACUGAGGCCAUCCAAAGCUUCAGCUACCGGAGCCAGGAGGACCUGAAUGAGCCGAUCAGGCGGGAGGGCAAAAGGGACGAUGCAGCUGGAAGAGAAAGCGUAGCAGCAUCCCCUGGUUCUGACGCCCGUUUGGGCUUAGAAACAGUGGAGGGGGGUCGCACCGCCUUGGACAACAAGACUUCGUUACUUAACACACCUUCACCGCGUUCCUUCCCUGGGCCUCGGAGUCGUGAGUUUGCCCCAUAUGGAUACGGUGAAACUAUCUGCACUUACGAUAAGAGUGCCCUGAAGGAGGCAGUGUUUGAUGAUGACGUGGAGCAGUUCCGAGAUUGCCGACGUCAGGAAAGUGGUGAAAACAAGAUGUCACUGCCCAAAGUCUUUGCUCCUGCAGUUGGACAGGACCACUCAGACCUGGUGGCUGACCUGCUUAAGGAACUGUCCAAUCACAACGAGCGUUCUGAGGAGCGUAAGGGGGCCCUGGUGGAGCUGCUGAAAAUCACACGAGAAGACAACAUGGCUGUGUGGGAUGAACACUUUAAAACCAUCCUCCUGCUGCUGUUGGAGACACUGGGAGACAAAGAUCACACCAUCCGAGCUCUGGCUUUGCGUGUGUUAAAAGAAAUCCUAAGGAACCAGCCAGCCCGCUUUAAAAACUAUGCAGAGCUCACCAUCAUGAAGACCCUGGAGGCUCACAAAGACUCUCACAAGGAGGUGGUACGUGCAGCUGAGGAGGCGGCGUCCACCCUGGCAGGCUCCAUCCACCCAGAGCAGUGCAUCAAGGUGCUGUGCCCCAUUGUUCAGACGGCAGACUACCCCAUUAACCUGGCUGCCAUAAAGAUGCAAACCAAAGUCAUUGAACGCAUCGCCAAGGAGUCACUCCUGCAGCUGCUGCCAGACAUCAUCCCUGGGCUCCUGCAGGGCUAUGACAACACAGAGAGCAGCGUGCGCAAGGCCAGCGUAUUCUGUCUGGUGGCCAUCUACUCUGUGAUCGGCGAGGAGCUAAAGCCUCAUCUAGCACAGCUCACGGGCAGCAAGAUGAAGCUGUUGAACCUGUACAUCAAACGGGCCCAGACGACCAACAGCAAUAGCAGCAGUUCCUCCGACGUCUCGUCCCACAGUUAGUUGACCGAGAUUUCACUUAGGAAUCCUGUAUGAAGCACCGUCAGUGGGAGAUUUCCAGGCCAUGGGCCUCUGAGCCUUGUCACAACUCUGCCUACACUGAUCCUUUCCUCCUGCCUUGAGGGGAAUCUCUCCACCUGUCCCACCAUUUAACCCCCCCCACAGCUCUUUAAACUGUGGAAUGUACACGUGGGAAGGUUUUAAACUGGGGGAAGUUAUGCCAUGGUUACCACAAUAUUGACAUCACCUUUUGUCAAUGGAAGCCUGAUAAUGGAUGAGCCAAGAAGUUGAACCAUUAUGAAUAGUCCCCUACACAAUGAUAUAACAUCGCCUACAGGUUAGAAUAAGAUGCCAUUUGGCUGGCCCAGUGAUGGUACUAAGCAUACAAACCAAAUAAUGUAAGAAUAAAUAAAGAAUCAUAUAAGCUUUUUAUGUUUUGAAUUUAUUGAUCCUGGCCACAAAAGCCUGUGUAUUAAUGGUCUGAACAGAUUGAACUUCCCGUUCCAAAAACAGAACUCCGUCCAGUAACAAGCUGAUUGAAACACACAGCUGCUCAGAUGCUGAAUUGACAAUCCCUAAUAUUAUUUGAGGAUGCAAAUACAGUUGAACUGCACAGUUCAGAAUCACCUUCACAUUCAGCCUUUGCUGUUUUGUUGAACAUGUUUCACAUGUUUCACAUGCUUUAAGACCUGUGAGGCUGCUGCACAGUCUCUUCUUAUGUGAAGAUAAAAGCCCUUUGUGAAUACUGAAACAUUUCUCCCACAGAGAGGAGAAACAAUGACUGUGGUUUAUUUUCUUCACACAAUGAGGUUGUAAUGGAGGAGGGAAUGGGACGUAUGUCACUAAGGCCUGGCUUUGGGAGACGGACCUGUGUGCGCUGACUGUGUAAAUCCACUGAUCACCGUCCCCCCUUGGCCUCUUCCAACUCAACUUCACAUAACUGCUUUGACAAUAACCACACACUCACUAAUAACUACAUUUUGUACGCCCACAUCUGAACAAUGCAUUUGCAGGUUUGCAUAAUACUGAAACAGGUUGACUGUUACUUCUUUUGCACGUUCUCAAAUAGCUUGCAUGUGACCUGCAGCACUCGUUGCCUGUGCUGCCUUUGCAGGGCCCAGGGGGUUGGCUGUUGAAGUGCACUUGUAACAACAUCCGGUAGCUCAUCUCUGAUUUUUUUAAGGUUUCAGCAGAGGAAGUCAUCACAUUGUCUCUGCUGAUUAUGUAAACCUGCUUUGAGCUUUGAGGCUUGAGCCUUUACAAGGUGGUAGUGACAUAGUUGUGAAUUUCAGUGCUGUUUGAUUUAUGAAAAUGCUUUAACACGUUAAUCCCUGCUAUAAGAUGCUACAGUACAUGGAUCUUGACUGAGAGCAGCUGAUCACCAUCUGCAUUAUAUGAUAUUAUUUGGUUUGCUAUGGUAGAGUGACGCUCUUUAGAACGGGCUCAGUCACCUGAUUUGCUUCUAGCAAGUAAACAGCGAUAAUUGGUAGAUGUAAGUACUGUGUUUAAUUGGGGACAGGUUGUGUCCUCGGAUGGUCAUGUUUGGUUCUCACCUUCUUUUAGUUAGCUGCUGUUUUCACACACUGAGAAUGGGUCGAUUUGGACUAUUUAAGUAAAUAAAUGUACAGACUUUAUAUGCGUUAUAAUUUGCUUUUUAAUUCUUGGUACUGAAUGGUUUCAGUACAAGCAGCCCUGUAGACGCAGCGUUUCUACUCUGCCUGCAGUUUAUUUCUCCUUAACACCUUCAGACUUGAAUCAGCUGACAUUUUGUUUUACAGUUUAAAGCAGAUCUGUAGUUUAGGCAGAAGGUUCACCUAUCACUAAACAAAAUUCAUGGAGCACCUGUUCUCACAUUGCUGGUCUUAUAAACAGAAGUUAAUGAUUCCUGGCAAGCUGUUGCAUGUUCCUUCAUUUGUCAUGUAAUAUUCAUACUUGUAUGUAUGUAUGUAUUUUAUUUAAUCUUUAUUUUGUUCUCUGAUGAUAAAUUUGUACAUAAUCUGUUUUCUUUUUUGUUAAAACCCACCUGUGGUAGAUUUGCAACAGUGUAAAGCAUAGGUUGCUGUAGAAAUAAACAGAGAACCAAUUGUGA